AGUUGUGGAAGUCUGAACAAAGACUCAUAUAGAGAGCAAAAGUACGGGUUGGAAAUUCAAUAAAGCGUCAAGGACGAGAGAGAGAGAGAGAGAGAACCAGACAAACAUAGUAAAAAGGGCAAAAGAAGGGACAAGAAGAGGAGACUGUGUGUGUAGUACGUGUCCUGCCCUGUUCUGUGUGUGUGUGUGUGUGUGUGUGUGUGUGUGUGUGUGUGUGUGUGUGUGUGAGAAAGUGAAUGAGUCUACGCUUGAUGCCACACCUCCCUCUCUACACACCAGCACUGGAGAGAGAGAGAGACGGAGAGAAGGAGAGAGAAGGAAGGACGAGAGAGAGACUGUAACUACGUCUGAGUGGAAUUACAGAUUGCUGGACGUCCCGUCUCUCUCUCUCUCUCUCACACACACACACACACACACACACCCAGAGGCAGAUGUGAUGAUUGACUGACAGUGACGAAGAGCUGCAGCCAUGUCGUUCUUUGGCCUUGACUGUGUGAAAAAAAAAGAGAAAGAGACGGAGAGGAAGAUUCGGGCGAAUGACAGGGAACACAACCUCUCCUUCAGAUACGCUACUAACGGGAUCAAGACCUCAAAGUACAAUGUGCUGACCUUCCUCCCCCUCAACUUGUUCGAGCAGUUCCAGAGGAUCGCCAACGCCUACUUCCUCUGCCUGCUGGUCCUCCAGGUGAUUCCUGCUAUCUCUUCUCUCUCGUGGUUCACCACAGUUGUGCCCCUCGCUCUGGUGCUGACUGUAACUGCUGUCAAAGAUGCAAUAGACGAUAUACAUCGGCACAAGAGCGACCGGCAGGUGAACAACCGCAAAGCAGAGGUGCUGAUCAAUGGAGAGCUUAAAAGUGAGAAAUGGAUGAAUAUUCAAGUGGGUGACAUCAUCAGACUGGAGAACAACCAGUUUGUCACAGCGGAUCUCCUCCUCUUGUCUAGCAGUGAGCCCAUGAACUUGGUUUACAUUGAGACUGCUGAGCUGGAUGGCGAGACCAAUCUGAAGGUGAAGCAGGCUCUGACAGUAACAGGAGAAAUGGGAGGGAGUGUCGAGGCCUUGGCUGCAUUUAAAGGAGAGGUCAGCUGUGAACCCCCCAAUAACCGCUUGGACAGUUUCUCUGGGACGUUGGUGUGGAAGGGACACAAACAUCCGCUGGACAAUCAGUGUGUGCUGCUGAGGGGCUGCACUCUCCGAAACACGGCCUGGUGCUUCGGCAUGGUGCUGUUCGCUGGUCCUGACACUAAGCUGAUGCAGAAUUGUGGGAAGUCCAGUUUCAAGAGGACCAGCAUUGACCGCCUGAUGAAUGUCCUCGUGCUGUUUAUCUUUGGGUUCUUGGUGUUGAUGUGUGUGAUCCUGGCGGUGGGUCACGGGAUCUGGGAGCACUACGAGGCCAGUUACACCCCCUACAUACCCCGAGCGGAGAAGGUGGGCGCCGCCUUUUCCGCCUUCCUCACCUUCUGGUCCUACAUCAUCAUCCUUAACACUGUGGUACCCAUAUCACUCUACGUCAGUAUGGAGGUGAUCCGUCUGGGGAACAGUUACUACAUUAACUGGGACAGACUGAUGUAUCACGAGCGCAGCGACACGCCGGCCGAGGCUCGCACCACCACGCUGAACGAAGAACUCGGACAGAUCAACUACAUCUUCUCUGACAAGACCGGCACACUCACACAGAAUAUCAUGAACUUCACCAAGUGUUCCAUCGGGGGCAAGACUUACGGAGAUGUGAUUGACCAUUACACGGGUCAGAGACUAGAGAUCUCAGAGGACACACUCCCUGUGGAUUUCUCCUUUAACGAUCUCGCUGACCCAAAGUUCCAGUUCUAUGAUGCUUCUCUCCUGGAGGCAGUGAAGCUCGGCACUCCACAAGUCUGCAGUUUCUUCAGACUGCUCGCUCUGUGCCACACUGUCAUGCCUGAUGAGACCAACAACGAGCUGGUAUAUCAGGCUCAGUCUCCAGAUGAGGGCGCUCUGGUGACGGCAGCCCGUAAUUUUGGCUUCGUGUUCCGCUCACGCUCUCCGGAGUCGCUGUAUGUGGUGGAGCUGGGUGAAGCGCGCUGCUACGAGCUGCUCGCCAUUCUGGACUUCAACAACGUCCGCAAGAGGAUGUCCGUCAUCGUGCGGAGUCCAGAGGGUCAGCUCUCACUCUACUGUAAAGGAGCAGACACCAUCGUUUAUGAGCGACUGGACAAAUCCUGCAGCAAACUGAUGGAGGUCACUACAGAACACCUGAACGAAUUUGCUGGGGAGGGUCUGCGCACACUGGUCUUGGCCUAUAAGGAUCUGGAUGAACAGUAUUUCUCUGAGUGGAAACAGCGCCACCAUGAGGCGAGCACCUCGCUUGAUCAACGGGAAGAAAAGCUUAAUGACCUGUAUGAGGAGAUUGAACGAGACCUGCAGUUACUGGGAGCCUCAGCGAUAGAGGACAAGCUCCAGGACGGUGUGGCACAGACCAUCGAGCAGCUGACCAAAGCUGACAUCAAGGUCUGGGUGCUGACCGGAGACAAGCAAGAAACCGCAGAGAACAUCGGCUACUCCUGUAACCUGCUGCGAGAGGAGAUGACCGACGUCUUCAUCAUCUCUGCAAACUCGCAUGAGGAAGUGAGGAGGGAACUCAGAGAAGCGCGGCUGAAGAUCCGUCCAGACUCGGGUGAGGAAGCAUCUUUUAUCUCAGAUAGCAUUCUGGGUAACGAGCCGAAGGUGGUGCAUGACGAGAACGUGAGUGGUGAUUAUGGCCUGGUCAUCAACGGUCACAGCCUGGCGUAUGCUCUGGAGCACAGUUUGGAGUUGGAGUUCCUGCGUACGGCCUGCAUGUGUAAGACGGUCAUCUGCUGUCGGGUCACUCCUCUUCAGAAGGCUCGGGUGGUGGAGCUGGUUAAGAAAUACAAGCAGGCGGUCACUCUGGCUAUAGGAGACGGCGCUAAUGAUGUCAGCAUGAUUAAGGCGGCUCAUAUCGGAGUGGGGAUCAGUGGACAGGAGGGCAUGCAGGCCGUUCUCUCCAGCGAUUUCUCCUUCGCUCAGUUCCGUUACCUGCAGCGCCUCCUGCUGGUACAUGGCCGCUGGUCCUACCUGCGCAUGAGCAAGUUCCUACGUUACUUCUUUUACAAGAACUUCACCUUCACCUUUGUCCACUUCUGGUAUGCCUUUUUCUGCGGGUUCUCCGCCCAGACGGUGUAUGACCAGGCCUUCAUUGCUCUCUAUAACCUGAUGUACACGGCACUCCCGGUGCUGGGUAUGGGCCUUUUCGACCAGGAUGUGAACGACAGUUGGGGUCUGGAGUACCCACAGCUUUAUGGACCGGGUCAGCUGAGUGUGUACUUUAACAAGGGAACUUUUGUGAAGUGUGCGCUCCACAGCUGCUACAGCUCCCUGGUGCUGUUCUUCGUGCCCUACCUCACCCUCCAUGACACUGCUGACUACCAGUCCUUCGCCCUGCUCACGCAGACCUGCCUCAUCAUCACCGUGUGUGUUCAGCUGGGACUGGACCUGGCGUACUGGACAGCAGUCAAUCACCUGUUUGUCUGGGGGAGUUUAGGCAUGUAUUUCCUCGUCACCUUCGCUAUGCAGAGUGACGGACUGCACCAAGUCCAGCCGGGAUCCUUCACCUUCGUAGGCACUGCCCGUAACACUCUGGAUCAUCUCAGUGUUUGGUUUGCGAUUGUCCUGACGGUGGUGUUGUGUGUGCUGCCAGUGGUCAUUCACCGCUUCCUGCACAGCCAAAUCAGUCCCACUAUCAAUGACAAGGUGAGGUUCAUGGUGCACCAGAUGAAGGCUCAGCCUCCUCCUCCUCGCCGCCGCACCAGGAUCCGCCGCUCCAGCACUCGCCGCUCGGGCUACGCUUUCUCUCACACUCAGGGCUAUGGCGACCUCGUCACCUCCAAACGGUUCCUACGUCGACAGGCCCCGCCCCGAGCCCCCGGGUUCACGCCCACAAUCCGCACGGCCCGGUUCAGCCCGACCGGGAAACAGCAGAACUCUAAACAGGAGGUGGAACCCACGCAGCUCCAGAACUAUCGUGUUGUAAAAGACUCUGCAUUCUAGAAGUGGGGCUUUGAGAUGGACAUGAAGACCAAAAAUUAGAAGUGGGUUCUAACGUAGAAACAUCAGUGACCACGAGGCAUGAGCUCUAGAACAAACUUCAAAGCGGCUUGAUACGGGUCUGAAAAGCAACAUUUGGUGCUUGCUGUAGAGAUUAGAAAUGCUAUUGGAGGUUCUAGAACUCUAAGGAGACAGCCAGUACUCCACCUGAUCAGGAUAUUGUCUAAGUGAAGGACAUUGUUCAGGAACCAUAUGAGAUAUCACUUACAGAAUCUAAAGGAGGUUUAAAGCAGGUUUAAAGCAAAUUUAAAGCAGAUUCUGACACUGCGCUAUCCAAAACUCCCAUUUUUAGAGGCGGGGCCUAAAUGACACAAAGAACCCAAAAUUAGCACCAGGUUCAAAACCCAACACUGAUGGCGAGAUUCUUAUUAAAUCAGGAGCACUUCAAGAGUGCAAAUUUAGUCCAGGUUCUAAUACCAAUGUUAGAAGUCGGUUUUAAAACCAAUAAACUUUUCCAGAAAAGUUCUAGAUCCAGAUUUAGGUGCAAAAAGAGAAUCUGGGAUCCGCUUGAGGAUCCGGAGUCCGAGUCAUCACCGUGAUCUAGAAGAAACAGGCUGGACUUCACGUUUCCUUUCGCAGCAUUUUGGCAGCAGGGUUUCUGGAGCAGUGUUUACAUAGUUCUGCUGCUCUACAGAACAGAACCCAGAACAGGAUGCCCACACACACACACACACUCACACUAAAGAGCAGCGAAUGUUAGCGAAAUGUACGAAAACCUAGCACCAUGUUCCUAUUCUAACUGUGUGCCUCUGAUAUAUAUGUAUGAAUAUUUAUGCAUUAUUUUACAUUCCAUUAUAUCACUGACCGUUACACAAUAUCGCCUACAUGUAUGAAUAUGUAUGUGGCUUUUUAUCACACACACACACACACACACACACACACACACACUGCACUACCAGGUUUCACACUUUCCUCAGAACCAAAGAACAUGUCCGGUAGCAGUAGCAGUGUUUCACUUCCUGAAGGAUUGAACAUCAAGGGUAGAACAAGCGUCUCGUAAUCAUCGGUCAGUCAUGGGCGUGUCCCUAAUCACACACCCUGUGAAGGUCAGAUCACACAUAGUGGGUGUGUCCCAAACGGCUGCAGGUGUGGCACAGAGGUGUGACCUGUUUCUGCUGCUCUGAUCAACACUGCAGUGCACUGUGGUAUUUCAUCAGCACAGCUGGACAUGUGCUGGGGUCAACAGGGCAAAUUCACAUUGGGGGGGGGGGGUCACCAACGUUUACAUGUCACAUGACACCAGACCUGAGACCUUUAGUCAUAAAACAGGUGUGUUUUACAUGACUCCAGAAAAGCACUGCUUACUUUAGUGACCAAGAAGUGCCUUGUGUGUGUGUGUGUGUGUUUUGUAUUAAGAGUAUUUCCUACAUGAGCUCGUCCCUGACUACAUCACCACUGCCAUUUUUUUUACCACUGCCACUUUAAGUGUAAAUCUGAAGCCUGUGGAACUGGAAGUGUCCAGGAGUGUCCCUUGUCCUGUAACCUUGUGUCUCUGGGUUAAGAGCAGAAGAGCUCAGGGGCUUGACAGUAACACGUCAAUCACACACAAAGAAGCUUGCUCUUCAUUUGACUCCGGGUUUAACAACAAUCGCUAAGCUAGUCAGCUCCCUGAAUACAGCACUGUGACGCAGCAGGUUAGUUAACACCGGGUAAACUGUUAAAACAUCACUAAACUAGCGUGGUCACGUGAUCGGCAUUGUGACCGGUCUGUCUAAGAGGACGCACACCGAAGUGAAAUAGCAAUGUUCAAACUAUCGUACUGAACCGUCGCGCAUCAUGCUUUCAUUUAAUGCUAACUAAAGUGCUUUAUCAUGCUAACAACGUUCCCAUGACGUUUGUGUCUAAUUAGAAACGUGUACAAAACCCUCCAUCACCAUGCCACUGAGAACAUUAUUAAACACUCAGAGUGUGUGUGAAUGUGUGUGUGUAAUCUAUUAUACACCCCUCCCCUCCCCCCUUGUUAAUCAAAGGUGAUCCACCUGAAUAACGUGUGACGACUUCAUGGGCAAACUUUUUACGUUGAUAUAUUUUUAUUACAGAUGUUUGUAUGAAUAAAAGCAGCUUUUUAUAUCCAGAG